AUCACGUAGUUUUAAUAUUUUGUUUUAGCUUAGGGGAUUUCCGUUAGCGCGUUGGGUUUCUGUUAAAAGUUUUUACCCAGAAUUUUAAAGUGGAUAUUAUAAUGUUUAGAAAAACUUUAGUAAUUUUGCACCAUAACACACGCUCUUACUAUAAGGCUCCAGUUAAAAUUAAUUCAAACGCCGAGAAAAAGUUAGAACAUCUUCCGAUUCAUAGAUUUGUUGGGAAAAGUCGUAAAAGAUACAAACAGAUACACGUAUGUGGCUUGACAGUUACUGGAGCGCUUGGUUUGCCAGAUAUAGUCGUGCCCGAUGGUCUAAAGCCCCCUGUUAUACACCAGCCGUAUCCCCACAAGAUAAUUUUGGACGGAAUUUCUAGUUUUGACUGCGGAUAUGGGUUUAGUAUGUUCUGUGGUAACCAGUCAGGCUCAAACGUUUGGGCAUGUGGAAUUAAUACAGACUCUCAGAUCGGUUUUCACAAAUAUCAAGACGAAAAACAUGAAAAAAUGCCAAAUAAUCAGUAUUAUAAUUACGUUAUGAAGCCAUUACCUCUGCCUUUGCCUUUAAAAGGGAAAUCCAGUAAAGUUUUGGACGUUUCUUGUGGCCGUGCUCAUUCUGUAAUCUUGACUGAUGAAGCUAUAUUUACAGUUGGUAACAAUGCAUUUGGACAAUGCGGGCGUCGGAUUAUAGAUGGAGAAAUAUACGAGGGGAGCCAGAAAAUUAAUCGGAUACCUCAUGAACAUUUUGGAAGCAAAGUUGCAAAAGUUUUUUGCGGAAUGGAUCAUACAAUGUUUCUUACAAAGGAAGGUAAAGUAUUCACGUGUGGGUGGGGUGCUGAUGGUCAGACAGGGUUGGGGCAGUUUGAAUGUACUGAAAUACCUACUGAAGUAAAAAGUGAUUUGGAGGGAGUUAAAAUCACACAACUUUCAACGUUUUCUGACACAAGUCUCGCACUUUCUGAUGAGCAUGAGGUAUAUGGGUGGGGGAAUUCUGAAUAUGAUCAACUGGGUUGUGUAACUGAAUCCACACAACUGACUUACCCGAAGAAGCUGCCGUUUAAAUUGCCGUCAAAAGUUGUCCAAGUUGCCGCUGGUGGUACAGCAUUUCUGUUACUUGAUGGAAAUGGUGAUGUCUAUGUUUGGGGCCAUGGUAUAUUAGGUAAAGGACCAAAUCUUGAAAGCACAAGUUGGCCGACUAAAAUUCCGCCGACUUUGUUUGGAAGAAAUGAAUUUAAUCUAGACGUCAAAGUGGUUUCUAUAACUUGUGGCCUCGGACAUUUUGCCGCAGUCACAAAUAAGGGGGAAUUGUUUACUUGGGGAAAGAACAGGAAUGGCUGUCUUGGUAUAGGAACUCAUUCUGACCAAUAUUUUCCAUGGAAAGUUCUGAUUGGAGCCGAAGUACAAAAAGUCUCAUGUGGCGUCGAUCAUAUGAUAGUCAUGUCAAAAACCUUUUUGUGAUUUACUUAUUUGCAAUAAAAAUUUUACUGACUGAAAAAUAUUCUUUCUAUUCUGUAUUGGUGACACGCUAUAGCUUGACAUGGAUUUCAGAUUACCCUUUGGAGUUGGUCUAUUACCCUAACAUUGUAUAGGCACAUUCUAUAUGGAUAGGCCUACACUCUAUAGUGUGACAUGCUAUGGGACCUCAGAUUUUGGGUAGAGUUGACCCAGUACUCUGCAGUAUUUCCAAAAAAAUACACAUAUUUAAUAACCUCAUACCAGAGCAUUAGUAUUCAAUUCUAAACAGAGCUAUGUGUCGUAUAUAUAAAUUACAUAUACAAAUUUGUAACAGUUUUUCAUCUAGCAAUCAUGAGAACAUUUUUGCACAAAAAUUAAUUUUCACAGAAUUUUUUAGCCAAAAAUAACCCAGUUCUCUUUAUUUAU